CUGUGCUAAUGUGGUAUGGCAAAUCGAACUGAUGUACGUACGUACGAAGUUCUACGUUGUGACUGGUUGACUAAAAUGUCUUUUUGAUAAUUUCAUUUAAAAUUUCAGUAUGAUUCACUGUUAAUUAUCAACAUUACUACGAGAAAAAAAGAUGCAAUCGCUAUUAUUUAACCGUUACGUAUAAAGUCAAUAUUCCCGAUUUCUAAUUUAUUACAGCUUUAUCAUAAAUCAAAAUCUUCUUCGAUAGUUGAAGGGAAUUCACCAUCACCGCCUAUUUUACCCCAACGUUUUUAUACUGAAUUUUCUAUUUACUAUACACCAAGAGAUGAUGAUCAAAUGCCUUUGCCACCAUGGCCACAAAUAAUUCCGCCACAAUUACCAUAUGCUGUUGGACGUGGUAUGACAUGGUAUGCUAAUGAUUUAAGCAUUGCGAUUGAAUAUUAUGAAGAUUAUUGUGUACCAAUAUUUGAACCAACCAGUUAUUUUCCAUGUAUCCUGUUUAACUUUAAUCAUACAGCUUAUUUAAUUGCACCAAUCGACUCAGGUUAUGGACCAUGUUGCGUAUAUCGUAAACCAUUUGAGAUACCUAAGAGAAAUUUCAUGGAACAAUUUGCUAAGUAUUAUAACGGUACAACUGAACAAUUGGGAUUGGGUUUAUUGAAUCAAACUAUUCAAUGGUGGAUUAUACCAUCUGAUAAUGAAAAUCAUAAAAAUAAUGUGAAGCAAAUAAAUAAAUCUUCAUUAACUAGUCAUUCCGUUUUUGGUGGUUAUGGAUGGACUGUUGAAGAAUCAAAAAAUCGUGUACCAGUUUGCUUUUGGUACGAAGGAAAUGUUGGCUGGACUCAACAACUGUUUUUCAAUUUUGUUGCUGACGGACCAAGAAUCUAUGAUCUAGAAGGACUUCAACUACUAGAAAUAUGUAAAACUGAUAUAACUUGUAUUUUUAGACCAUGAAAUGAUUUUUAGACAAUUAAUUUGUCUAACUGAAGUUUACUAAAAGCUAUCAAUUUAAUUUCGACUCAACUUACCGGCUUUUAAACACAGAAGUAUGUUGCUGAUCAAUGUACAACUAAUUU